AUGUUUUUAUUCCUCAUAAGCUCAGGUUUAUCAGACCCAAACAAUAAAUGCUCAAGUCAAAGUAAUGGUAAUCUUGGAUAUGUCAGGUACUAUGAAGAUGAUUCUGAUAAAAAAGCUGUUACAAGCUUUUAUACUGAACAUCAUAAUUCAUAUCCUUGGAAAUGGGUUUCUAGAUCAAUUUGCCCCCGUACCACAGGAACUUACACCAUUAAAGCACAAGGAUUUCCAUCAGUUCAUGCAUUUUUCAAUUAUCAAGAAAAAUCAGAGGAUGGAUCAGUAUUUACAUACCGUUGCACAACCACAAAGACAGUUCAAUAUGAAAAUCAAUAUCUAUAUGCUAAUAGAUGCUAUCCUCUUUUGAUCAGAGAGAAAAAUAACUGCGUAUCUGGAGAUGAUGCAACUGGUUAUAUCAAUGGUAAGGUUAUAGAUAAUACAACAGCUAUCAAUAUAUUUUAUUUUCAGAAUUAUUUAUAA